AUUGAUCAUAUCGGAGAGAUCUCCUUAUCAGAAUGUAGGCCUAUAUGUAGAAUUACCAGCAUGUAAGCUACAUUUUGUAUAGAGGUCGUAUUGACUGACAUCGAAGUGGCUCUAUUCAUGAUCAGCUUAUUUUACACUAGAGACUGAUGCACAGAAAACCCUGAACAUGAAGAAAGUAGCAAGAACUUCAAGGACGAAAAGUGGUUCCUUCAUUUCGGGAAUCGAAGAUGCAAUCAUUAGUCAGGACCUGGAGGAGAUCACACGCCUGUUAAAGGAAAAUGAAGGCGACACUUUCCUUAUCGCCUGCGCCUUCCAUCAAGCCGUCGGGCGAAAUUUUCCUGAUGUCGUUCGCCAUUUUGUUAAGCUUGGAAUUUCCAUAGACACUCCAGAUCCAGUGUUUCUAGAGACUCCACUAAUGCACGCUAUACGAAAUAACCGGGACGGUCUGGUGAAAUUCCUGAUAAGUGAAGGUGCAGACGUUAAUUACACUAUCAGAAAUAACGGUCAGACACCACUUCACGUAGCGGUCAGCAGUCCAAAAGAAACUGCAUUUUCUACUAAAAUUUUGAAAUAUUUGUUGACCGUCCAUUAUAUAAAGUUAAAUGUAUAUAACAAUGAAGGCAGGACACCUCUUAUGAUUGCCAUCAAGCAUGGCCGUGAUGAAGCCGUGGGAUGUUCUCACAAGUGCAGGCGCGGAUGUGCACUUGCGCAUGCAGCACUAUGGUUGUACAACAGCACAUCUGUGUUUCGACAUGUACAACCCUUGCCGUAACGCUGAGAGCGCUAAAUGUCUGCAGUCCUUAAUGAAUUGUGGUCUGAGUCCUGAUGUGGUACAUAAUGGUGAAACACCAAUAUUCCAUACCAUCAGAAAAAACAACAUCCCCGCUUUAAAAGUCCUUUUGGGUGCCAACUGUGAUCUAGAUGUGACGAGUACAACCUGGGGCGUGGAGAACAAUGGACAGGAAGCAAAGAAGGUCACGCCCAUUACCCUCGCCUACAAAUUCCACAAAAUGAGGUCUGUGGAACUAUUGGUGGAAGCAGGAUGCCGAUGUUACCAUUUAGGGUGGCUUACGGAGAGCAAUGAUGCCCAGAGUACGCUCAGAGACUGGUUCCAGAGUCGGAUUAGUAACCCAAGGUCUCUCAAGAAUCUGUGUAGAUUCAAAAUCCGGGGUGUUAUUGGACAUGUUCCACAUAAAAAGGUCGAACUUUUAGAACUGCCUCAAAAAUUGCAGGAUUAUGUAUUACUAAAGGACAUUUUAAGUUGAUAAAAAUUGUUCUUCUUCUGAAUAUGUCGAGCAUUCCUUUUCAUUUUCUGUGAUAGAAAAUAUACUGUGCCAUGGUCGACACGAGUUUGAGGUUAUUUCAUUGUUAUUGGAGAACCAUAGAAUUCCGUGCAGUAUUAUUCAAUAAAUGUCAAUAGUUUUA